UUUGCUUCUUUCUCUACCUCUUUAUACUUUAUUUUAUUUCAUUUUGUUUUACUGUGUACUUUAUUUUUAUUGCCACCUGCCAUGACUGAAACAGCCUUACCGCCGCUCGACUCCUUUUCAAAUAACUUUUGGGGAAAAGACGAUGCCGGAUAUGAAGUCUUGACUUCAAAAAUGAACUACACCAAAAAGACCUUUGAAGAACUAAAGGCCUUUUACAGUAUAAGAGCAUCGCUUCAUGAGGAAUACGGGAAGAAGUUAUUAAAGCAUGUAAAAACCGACCUUGGCCGUGAUGAAAUAGGUACUCUUCGUGUGCUGCUAUUAUCAGCACACAAAGAACUUGAAAUGGCUGCUCAAACCAGUAUCGAAAUUGCACAAAAAAUACGUAUCAAUGUUGAGGUAUUGCUGGAUAACUUUAUUUUGGAACAGAAAGACAAGCGUCGAUUGCUACAGACAAAUGUUGACAAGGCCCAUAGAAACAAGCAAUUGCACGCAACGCACGUAACUAGAAUCACCCUAGAAAAGCAGUUUGCAUCGGCUGGACAAAGAGAGCAAGAUAGAUUAAGACAAAAGAUAGAAAGAUGUACCCAUGAUAUCAAGACAUUAGACAAUGAGUAUCAAAAUGCGUGCCUGAAAUCAGCGGAAGCAACGUCAGUUUGGAAUACAGAAUGGAAAAUCGCGUGUGAUAUUUUCAAUAAGAGAUAUCAAGAUAUGGAAGAGAAAAGAGUGGACUUUAUUCACCACAGCAUGAGUGUUUAUGUGAAUAUACUCCAAACAGCCUCAGGAAAAGAUCAAGAGUGCGAUUCUCGGAUGGAUAUCGUAACUUUCAUCGAAGAGAAAGGCACUGGACCAAUGAUACCUGAGCCUCCGGAAUAUGUUAAUUAUCUCGACGACCCUGCAAAGACACUGCCAAAAUACAUAAUUGCCAAUUUCUCGGAUCAUGACAUUGCGCCGUUAACUCAAAAUGAUAUGUUAAAAAAAGUUGAAAGUAAUCGUAAAUCCAUGAGUAUGAUUUCAUUGUGUGAGCCAGUUGCAAAUCUUACCAGGGCUCUCACAAAGCCCCGAGUAAGAAGAAAGGCAGCAACCAUUGGUCCUGACGAUGAGAUGAUGAAAAAAGUACUUGAACGUCGAGCGUCAACAUAUUCUACCACCCCCGAACUCGUCCAAGAUGACUUAAGUUAUAGAAAACCUGGUCCAGCCCCAAAGGAAGAGCCGGCUUUGAUAAUGGAUGAACCCAUCGACCCUCGCGCUCAGGUUGUAUUUUCUAUCGGAAAUAAUAUGUUCAACGUCAAUCCACUUUUGGAUCAGGGAACAAUAUCUGAGAAGCCGUCGAGGAAGACCAACCCUCAAAAUACACGUGAUUUGGAUGAGGUGUGCGAUAUUUCGAUUAAAGAGCUCCUUGAUCAGCUUGGGGUUCCAAACCCAGCACAGAAAGAAGAAGAGCCUAGACAACGCCGAGAAAGACAAAGAUCGACGAGUGAAAUGAGAGGAGCGACAAGACAACGAGAACGUACACUAUCACAAAAUGCAAUUUCUGAACCAUACAAUACAAAUAAAACACUCUUACGGCGAUCUUCAACCAAUGAAAUUCAAACAGAAAUAUCUAGAAACAGCUCUAUUACAGAAACAAAAGACGAUGGUAUCAAAGUCUGGGCUCGUACUUUAUAUGAUUACACAAGUGCCCAGUCUGGAGAGCUAAGCUUUACGCGAGGAACUUGGGUUGCAGUUGUCAGGACAGAUCAUAAAGAGUGGUGGUGGGCAUACAAAUGGAACGAAGAAGCUGACGAGCUUACAGAUGAAGGAGGCUAUGUAGCGCGUGUUUACCUUGAAAUGUUUUAGCAGAUAAGAUGUAUUAGUUUUUUGUACACACACACACGCAUAUAUAUAUAUCACUUUGCACAUCAUGCAGAAAACAACAAUGUUUUAUACCAGGAGGGUUACUUGGACAUAUUUUCAACUUGGUGGUCGUUUAAUUACUUUAAAUAAAACCCAUGUUAUCCAUCAC